UCCGGAUGCGUGUAACAAAAGAACUUCCGCUUUUACGUCUAACCACCACCAGGCCUUUUUCCAUCCUACCCCAAGCGAGAUGCCGAGGUGGGGGAUGAAAAUCGCAUUUCCAUUUCAUCACCUCCGAGCACUCCCUGUUGCCUUGCGGCCAUUUCCUCCUCACCUCACAGGACGCGUACCUGUGCAGCGGGGAAGAGAUGAUCGUUCGGGUCAACGAAGCGUUCAACCUGACGCGAUAGAUCACAAUUGAUCAUACACAGAUUGUGGACCAACGCUACUAAUACAGACAAACCCGUGUCCAAGCACGAUAAUGCAUUCCAUCUUUUUUCACCAACCAUCGGUAUGUAAAACUGUCCACCAUCGGUGGGAAGAUGGACAACAAGCAAACAAAACACACACAGAAAAAAGUCAACCCAGUGCGUCACGAACUUGUAGCAUAAAACAGUUCACCCGUUCGUUCUGUAUGUUUUUUUUUAUUUAUUCACCCACACACGCCAUCCCUUUCCAGCGUGUGCUUUAUCAACUUUGGUCGGGUCAGCAGCUAAUUUGCUUUCCAUGGGUGGUUGGAAAAAUGGGGACAUUAUAGGCAGAAUAUUCUGCAGCCCAAUAUUCAGUACUUUAUGAGAUCUCGCUGUGAACGGUUUAUUGCGCAGUCGAAAAGUUUGGGUGAUUUUUGGUUCGAUUUCCAGUUCGACAAAUGCGUUGUUACACAAUCGUUUGCAUAACCAUCAUCGACGAUCGAUCAUAAGCCAGCAAACACUGCCACCAACAGCAGACCAAAAGUGACGAAGUGUCGAUGUGUUGACGAAUAAGUUCUCAAUCGAGAGUUUUUAUAUUAGUUUGUGCUGUAAAUGUGAAUACAGGAUGAUUUUAUUGACUGCUUCCGAUAUUGUGUGGUGAAAAAGAUAUAAAUCAUUAUUGAAGAAAUUCUCUAUUUCGUGGUGCGGUUGUGAAACUUUAUCCAAUACACUGUCCUUCGUCGUAAAUUGAUCGUUUGCAAAAAUAAAAACCUGCAAUAGUGCAACAAAAGGCUUUCAAUAUUUGUGCAACAGUUUCAAUAUAUUAUUAUCGAAGUGUGAUAAAUUUAACAGAUCGGUGUAUACUAUGAAGUGGUGACAUGCACGAAAGAUGCAGAAAACAUUUUCUGUUUAGGCCCUUACCUUCGAACGAUACCUAAUAGUUGCUUCGAUCCACUGAAUUCAAUUGCCUUUCCGGUCUUGAACGUACAUUUUUCGGGACCAUUCAAAAUCAACCCCAACCCAUCCAUCAUACCGUACGGAGGUUGAGCUUUCCGGUGUUAUUAGCAGCUAGUGCUGCUUGAGUUAGCUAUGCGCAAAAAGCAAAAGCUCCUACCGGGGCUAUCCGAUCUAACCCUACUCGUCCUGGUCGCUCGGUUCGCCCUGGUGCUUGGUCAAACGACCUGCAACAACGGCCAGGGACGUGUACUGUACGAGCGGCUACCGAACCAACAACUGCAGGGUUUCGACGAUGACGUCGUGCGUGAUUCGGCACCACCGUUUCGCGUACUGGAGAAAUGUCAGGACCUCUGCUUACGUGAUCGAACUGCAUCGAACAAUCUUGGACGAGCCUGCACAAGCUUCGACUUUCAGCCCGGCAGCCGAAUUGCAUCGUUCAGUGGUAGCGUUGAGUAUGAGGAGUCAACGUGCUACCUAACGCGAGAACAGGCAGCUCCCGAGGGUAUCGGUAACUUGAUGCUCGUACCGAACAGUGUACAUUUUACGGAAGUUUGCAUCACCUCUAGUCGACCUGAUCGAGAAUGUCCCAGCCGACGGUACGUAUUCGAACGUCAUCCAAGAAAGAAACUGAAACUCCCAGUAUCCGACAUUAAGGAAGUGACCGCAGCCAAUCGCUCCGACUGUGAGGAUAAGUGUUUGAACGAAUUCUCGUUCGUGUGUCGAUCGGCUAACUACGACUCGACGCUGCGCAGCUGCGCCAUGAGUCGUUUUACACGCCGAACACAUCCAGAACUCCUGGAGGAUGAUCCCAACUCCGACUAUCUUGAAAACACGUGCCUGAACGCGGAAAGACGCUGCGAUGGGCUGAUCGUGUACGUGAAAGAAGAGAACAAGCGUCUCGGUGGUCCGUUUGAGGUGGAAAUCUUCAACAACAUGACACUGGAAGAAUGUCAAUCAUUGUGUUUGCGUGCGGAGAAAUAUUUCUGCCGCUCGAUCGAGUUUGACGAUCAAACCAAGCAAUGCAUUCUGUCGGAGGAAGAUUCCGUGUCGCAGAAGGACGACCUUAGCAUCAGUUCCAGCCCGACGCAUCACUUCUAUGAUCUUGUCUGUCUGGACAAUCAGCGUGGUACCGAAUAUCCGGACAACUCCGUCACGUCCCAUCUGUUUGCGAGUGGCCGCCGGCCCGAUACCGCCUUCCAGCGCUAUCGCAACUCGCGGCUGGGCGGUGAGUUUCACUCGGAAAUCACUGGCAGGUCGCUUAGCGAGUGUCUUGACGAAUGCCUGCGGCAGACGAGCUUCCAAUGCCGGUCAGCCGUCUAUAGCGAUCGGUUCCGCACCUGUCGUCUCAGCCGCUACAACCAGCGGGACGGUAUGCGCAUCAUCUACGAUGCCGAUUACGAUUACUAUGAGAAUUUGAUGCCGCACCUAGUUGGUGGAGACACGGACACAACCAAUGGAAGACCGGAUCCUACUGACUGGCGACCACCGUAUGGAGGAGGAGGAGGAGAUCGCGAUCGGGAUCGUGUGCCGGAUGAUAGGAUUCCUCCAGGACGUUAUCCACCGGGUGAUCGGUAUCCGAUGGGACCGAGACCAGACUAUGGAGGUGAAUCUUUCCCCGGUGGCUAUCCACCAACGGAUCGCUACCCAGGGGUUACCGACCGUUACCCAGUCGGACCCGGUACCGACCGCUAUCCGACCGGAGGCGGUGACUACGAUGGACGCUAUCCACCGGUGUACGACAACCGUUUCCCAGGCGAUCGGUACGGUCCAACGGAUCGCUAUCCCGGAGAUCGUGACCCCGAUCCUAUGUACCCAGGACCGGGCGGUCCCAUGCGGUAUCCACCGCCUCUUCCUCCGCCCGAUUCGCGCUAUCCGUCCGAUUCUCGCUAUCCGUCCGAUUCACGAUAUCCGCCCGAUUCACGCUAUCCUCAAUCGAUGCCAGAUUCUCGCUAUCCGAUGGAUCGGUAUCCACCUCCACCAGACUCACGCUAUCCUUCCGAUUCGCGUUAUCCUCCCGACGCACGUUAUCCACCCACUCAACCCGACCCGGGUCGGUAUCCAUCCGGAUCAGCACCGGAUUCCCGCUAUCCACCGCCUCCCAUGCAUUCACAGCGACCAGAUUCGCGGUAUCCAAUGAUGCCGCCUACACGCUACCCUCCACCGCCGUAUAUGCCUCAAAUGUACGGAUCCGGCGUGUAUCCAGUAGUACCGUCAAGAGCGCCACCAAACCGUGGUUACCCACCGGAUCCAUAUCCGGCACCGGUACGUCCAAUAGACAACAAUCGUUAUCCAUCGCCGGAAACACGGUACCCACUCGAACCGAUCGGUGCCCAAGGUCGUUAUCCACCUGCUACAUCACCGAAUGUUUCACCGUUCCACAAGUACAUGACCGGACCUGGUCGUCCGCCGGGUUACGAUCCUUACAUGGGAGGUUAUGAACCGCAGAGAGGUUACGUCGAUGAUCGGUACGGUGGAUAUUAUCCCACGGCUGGAGGUCGGCUUCCACCACCACCGAUGCCAGCCUUCCCAGACCGUGACCGUGGCUACAGACGGCCAGCAGUCGGUAUGGCCCCGGAUGGUGGUGGCUAUCCGUUUGAAAUUCCCUACGGACCAUCGGGAACGGGGUACGACAAUACGCUCGGCGGAGGUGACGGCUUCGGCGGUUACGGACCACAGCGACCGUACGAAACACGCUGCGACAAUACGGACGUUUUCAAGCAAGUUGCUUCGAAGCGCAAGAUGCGUAAGCAGUACAUCCGGCGCGUGAUCAAUGCGCCAUCGCUCGGCAUCUGUCAGCAGGAGUGUGUCGGAGCGCGGGACUUUAUGUGCCGUAGCUUCAACUAUCGUGACAGUGCACCGUACGAGACGGAGGGCAACUGUGAGCUGAGUGAUCGGGAUUCGCGCGACCUAGAAGUCCCAAGUACGCAGAUGUUCGAGACUGACAGUUCCGACUACUACGAACGUACACCGGGACGUGGUGGGCCUCACGACGAGUGUCUUGAUGUUGGACAGGUUUGUAACGAGGAUGGUAUGGAGUUUACGCUCCGCACACCGGAAGGUUUUGUCGGGCGUAUUUAUGCGUACGGAUUCUACGAUCGGUGCUUCUUCCGCGGAAACGGUGGUACGGUGAAUGUGCUGAGAAUUAGCGGUCCACAAGGAUAUCCAGAAUGUGGAACGCAACGGUAUGGUGACACGAUGACAAAUAUCAUAGUGGUACAGUUCUCAGACAACGUACAAACUGGACGUGAUAAGCGAUUCAAUUUAACGUGCAUGUUCCGAGGUCCUGGAGAAGCAGUGGUCACCUCGGGGUAUAUUGGCGCAGGUUUUAAUUCCAAUGACAGAUCCGGCAGCCCGAUCCCUAUUGAGUAUCUGCCUGCGGAGAACUCGAUGAGCAACAAGGUACGUUUGAUGAUCCUGUACCAGGGCCGUCCAACAACUACGAUCGCCGUCGGUGAUCCACUAACGUUCCGGCUGGAAUCGCAAGAUGGUUACAGUCACGCCACGGACAUUUUCGCGACGAACGUUGUCGCCCGGGAUCCAUACUCUGGACGAAGUGUACAGCUGAUCGAUAACUAUGGCUGUCCUGUGGACAGUUUGGUGUUCCCAGAACUUGGAAGAUCCCGAGAUAAUGAUGCAUUGGAGGCACGGUUCAACGCAUUCAAGAUACCGGAGUCCAACUUCCUCGUGUUUGAGGCUACCGUAAGAACAUGUCGUGGAGGAUGUCAACCGGCAUACUGUCCAGGACCAAGCGGACGCUCAGAACCGUCGUUUGGUCGUCGCAAGCGGUCAGCCGAGAAUGGUACGGAAACAAUCGGUACAGCCGAACCGCUGGUGGCCGGAAACGAUGAUCCCGAAGACGAUGAAGUGUCAAUCGUAAACGGUACAGUGGUGAACGAAAAUGCAACCAGCGUUAAAGAAAAGGACGCCUCCGAUACGAUAGCGGCCGAGGCAGAUGUAACGAGCCCGGGCGAAAUGCCAGAACAAGUGCGCGAAAUGAUUGAGUCUCGCUUCUUUCGCCCACUGCAGGUGUUCCAAUCUCGUGAAGAGAUGCAACAAGACACGGUCGCACGCAAGAUGGUAGCUCCGAUCGAGUCCGUCUGUUUGACGCAUGCCGAAUACUACGGGCUGAUUAGUGCGGUCAUUCUGCUGAUCAUUUUGCUGAUCAGCAUCACCUUCGCUGCGGGCAUUGUGUAUCGUAGCUAUUGGAAGGUGUUCAUCAAGAACCGUACACUCGAUCGCAGCUCGCCUGUUAAUUCGUUUAGCCCGUCCGCUUUACACAACGUGUCCGGCAGUCAGUUUGAGGCAUCGGGACGAACCCACUCAACAGCAAGCCGGGGAGGACCACAUGUACGUACACCGGGUGUGUCACUGUUUGGAAGCGGGCUACAGAAAACAUUCGCUACCGGCAACCUGUCACGCAUGUGUCAGAUACCGGUGAUGAAUCCACUAUCCAGAAAUGGUGCAACCAAAAGCGAAUUUGAUGACCCCAGCGAACCGAUCUACACCGAUCCGUCACUUUUCGAACGAUCAAGAUCGCUGCGCAGCAUAGCCGUCGAUCAAACGGAAGAUGCCAACAAUGUCUGAAAUAUGGAAAUGUCUGAAUCUUACAGCAGCGAAACGAAUCGGAACAGUAGCA